UCAUCCUAUCAUCACCACUAUUACACUGUGCUCUCUACCGACCGCAUGUGUGAAGUUCAAUUGCUUCUGAGAGACGCAGUUGUGUUUCGUCACAGGCGUUCGAGAGGCCUUCAUCAACGUUAAACUUUUAGUAUCGUUUCAGUCCUCGAGAGCAGAAAUGGCCAUCACGCUUGUGCUCUCGAUUCUCAUAGCUCUGGUGGUUUGCUAUCUCUUUCUGACAAAAAAUUAUAAAUACUGGCAGAAACGUGGAGUACCUUCCCCGGACGGCGUCGUGCCUGGCUUAGGUCACUUCUGGCCAAUCAUCACACAGAAGACCAAUACCUCCGACUUUUGUCGCGAGUUAUACAAUGCUAAUCGAAAUCACAGCGUGGUGGGAUUUUACAACUGUAUGACACCUACGUUAAUAGUACGCGAUCCCGAGUUGGUGAAGACCGUGCUUGCGACGAGCUUUACGAAUUUCCACGAAAAUGGCCUCAAGAUCAAUCCCGAUUUGGAUCCACUUCUGGCGAGCAAUCCCUUUUUCGUUUACGGUGACACGUGGGUGACCGCGAGAAAGCGCUUAACUUACGCGUUCUCCAGCGCGCGAUUGAAAUUUUUACUCGAGAGCGUUAAGCAAGUGUGCACGACGUUCGACAACUACCUCGAUAGGAAGCUAAAAAAAACCGGGAAAAUAGAACUGGAACUAAAGGACUUAUUCUCCAGAUUCACCGCGCAAGUAGUAUCUGGCGCUGGCUUUGGCGUGGAUGGAUUUUGCUUCGACGAUGAUAAAGAGAAGGAGUCUUUUUACACGAUUGGCAAGACCUUCCUUGAGCCGUCCGUUUGGAACUACCUUGUCUUCACUCUUACGUUCUUCUUACCAAUGCUUGGCAAAAUUUUGAGAAUGAGAAUGUUACCAAAGAAAGCCGAUGAUUUCUUUAGAAAUCUGGUUGCGGAUGUUAUGGAGCAAAGAAGAAAGGACACGACACCUAGAAACGACUUUCUCCAGCUGAUGGCCAAUUUAGAACGGACGGAGGGUGAUACGUUUGAUCUAGAUGUUCUCGCGUCCCACGCGGUGUCAUUCUUCAUCGACGGCUACGAGACUUCCAGCGUCGUUUUAAGCUUCGUCGGCUUCAAUUUGGCCACUCAUCCAAAAGUACAAGAGAAAUUACGCGAGGAGGUGAUAUCGGUGCUUAACAAACACGAUGGUGUAAUCACAUACGAAGCCUUAAAAGAUAUGACAUACAUGGAUCAGGUGAUAAGCGAAUCGCAGAGGAUGAUACCCGCAGUAGGAUUUCUGAACAAGGUUUGCACGGAGAAUACCGAGUUGAAAGGAUCCGACGGACUUGUCUACCGCGUGGAACGUGGAACUCCCAUUGUAAUACCUGUUAAGGGCCUGCACACUGAUCCACAAUUAUGGGAGAAUCCCGAAAAGUACGAUCCCGAUAGAUUCGGUCCGGACAGAAAGAACAGCAUCGAGAAAUUCGCCUUUCUUCCGUUCGGCGAAGGACCACGAAUGUGCGUGGGAAUGAGAAUGGCUCUGCUGCAGGUAAAAGCGUGUCUGGCUACGUUCCUGAAAAAAUACAGCUUAGAGCUUUCCUCGAAGACAAAAUUGCCAUUAAAGUUGAUAGCUACAACCUUCCUGAACGCUGCAGAGGGUGGCAUUUGGGCCUCCGUUCGUCCGAUAUAAUUGAAUAUGAGAUUUUUCUUUCAUUUCUUUUUAUUUUUUCUUUGCUUUGAUUUAUUUCUUUUUAUAAAAUUACACAGAUUUUUGUAAUGUAAACUUUUGGUCAGUGUUUUUAAUUAGAUCUGCAAGGUAAAUGCUUUUAGUUAUAUUUUUUUAUUUUAAAUGGUAUCUUGACACGAGUUAUAUUCAAAAGAUAACAAAUAUUAAAAAACGUAAAUUUCCUAGGACAUCAAGAAACUUGAUUUAUUUGAAGACUUAUAAAUAUUAUGGUCUUUUACUUUUUAAUUAUGCAAAUCAGGCCUGGUUACAAAAAAUAUUAAUUAUUGAGUUUCAAAUUAUUUUUCAUCGCAUGUCCAGAUUAGAUAUUAUUGCAGUAAAAGAGAUAAUUUUUUAAGGCCAAGUACUAUCGUUAGGGUAAUUUUUGCGCACAACUCCGUGAUACAAAUUAUCAAUUUGUGUAUGGCUCGCUGUUGAUAGCAGUAAUAGUAAUAUACAUAUUAUGUACGUAUUAAAUAAGAAUACAUAAUUAAAUAAUUUACGUUUAUAAUACAGUGUAUAAAUCAGUUAUUUUCUAAAAUAUAACAGUUGCCGUUGGAUAUAAA